CGAGGGUUAAACCCUCCGCUAACGCUGGCCCCGUAAAGUUAAAGUUACUCGAGUUUGUUUACCAGUUUCCUACACAGGCAGCCGGGGGAUUGACAAACCGCCCGCCGCUGCCUUCUCUCUGUUGAUUUGUUUCCCUUCAUGACUUACUUUUCAAACAAAAAGUUAUAUUCAUCUUUUAGCCCUGACUCAUCUUCAAAAUAUUUCGCCCAGACACUGGGAUUUAUCUGAGGCGUCACUCAGAUAUGUGGCCCUGGUUUACUCCAAGGGAGGUUGAAACCGCGUUAAACCUGUUGAAAUAAUUACAGCGAAACUCCAUCGCUCAGCAACGUAAAUGCUCACAUAAGUUUGUAGAGAGUGAACGCAAAUAUUUCGACGCUGUUUUAUUUUAAACGCAGGGGUUUCCCGGAGGAAGAAAAGUUGUUAAUAAGUUUAGCUCUGAUCCGAAGUUGCUUUAUAAAGAUAGCGUUGUCACUGCCAGAUUGUGUGAAGUGUCCCGGGCCAGGCGAGGCUCAGCCCCGGGGCGGUGUAUCUAUCCCAGGGCGGUCCCGGGAAGAUGUGACCCGGGUCAGUCCCGGGAGAUCUACCCCACGCCAGUCGCUGUCGUGUCUAUCCCGGGCCAGUCCCGGGAGGAUUCUAAAUCAGCCCUCCACAGAAGCCGGGGGUGGAUUAAUACUCAGACAUUAAUGGGCGCAAUCUACAGUUUUUUUUGUAAUGUACUUGGCAAACGAGAACUUCAGUACAAUGGAACCGUGUAGGAACAAAUCCGAAAAAAGUAAAUCAAAAAAGAACAGUACAGGUUCUAACACCAGGACAAGAGAUGGUAAACGUGUGCAGGCACAUGAAGACUCGCCUGCCUAUGAUGAAGUAGCCCCUGACCUACCAAUCUAUGCUGUAGUGAAUAAGAAGAAGCUGGAAGAUGUCCAUUAUGCUGAAGUCCAGGUGAUCCAACAAAGGUCUCGGAAACCAGUCAAACAAGUUCGAGUAAAUCAGAAAGAAAACGCAACAGAGUAUGCUACCAUAAGCUUCACACCUGCGGUAAAAUACGACAAAAAAAAUGGGACUCUUGUAUAAAGUUCAGAAGAAAGAAUGGCUCCUCUGUCUUCCUUAAAAUAGACAUUUAUAUACAAAUUAAAAUGGACAUUUAUUUACAAAUUGAACUAGUUGUGACCUGGUUAAAAUGUUAUUUGCAGACGAUGUAAAAUAAUGUAGAAAUUGCUGGGUUUUUUUAACCAUAAAAUGCAGCCUUACGACACUCCUUUAUCACAACACAACCUCUUACUGACUUGUUAAGAAGAAAUUGUAAUUGUAAAAAUUAUGCUUAUUUAUAAUGUGACUUUUGCAUGACAUAGAAUGGCUGCAGAAAAAGGCUUUUGUUAGAAAUAUUUUUCAUCGAUAAAGAUUUCAUUUAAACUAUUUCUCAACUGGCAAAGACUGUAUUUAUAUAGAAUCAUUUAAUGUAUUUAAAGCAAUAAUCUAACUUUGACAAUCUAUUUAUGACAAAUUGUGUUUAAAGAUGAAUUGUUGUAAUUACUUUUGGAAAUGGAGUGCAGCCUUAAGGACAACUUGCUAGAGUUUGAGCCACAAUAUUAUCCAUGUUAAAAUAUUCUCUUUCUGUCAAAAUCAAUGUUUGCAUGAAAUUAUUUUGUGCUGUUUUAUGAUCCUUCCUCACUCAUCAUAAUUUUGUUUUGACGAUCGCACAAGGUGAAAUUAAGCCUGAUGUUGGAUUUAACAAAUAUCAGUAAUGCAGUGGUAGAGCUGUUGCCUUACAGUGCCAGAGACCUGGGUUUGAUCCUGACUGUGGGUGCUGUCUGCACGAAGUUGGCACGUUCUCCCUGUGACUUCAUGCGUUUUCUCUAGGUACUCUGAUUUCCUCCCGCGACCCAAAGUAGGUGAAUUGGCUUCUGUAAAUUGCCACUUGCGUAUAGGAUGCAAAAGUGAGAUAAUAUAGAACUAGAGCUGGGGUAAUUGUUGGUCGGUGUGGACUUGUUUCCAUACUAUAUCUCUAAACUAAACUAAGUCAUAGUAAGAGCUGAAGGAAAACUUCCAUCUCUCACUGUAUCUUUAUCUCAAACUCACCUGCAUUAUCUGAUUUCUAAGUUGCACAUUGACCUGAAUUAAUUGUAUUCUGUUUAAAGUUAAAGACUUUGCUGCAUUUUUUGUGUUCGGUGCAAUGACAAAUGGUAUUAAUAUUUUCAGAUGUAUAUCCUGUCUUUGUAUAUCAUCUCAGUUCUUUGUAUUAAUUAGUAGUGACCAUGUCUGGUACCGUGUUUCUGAACUUUAGGUUCAUGGACUUCAGUAUUGUGUACAUGGGCAUUUAAAAAGUAACUAAGCCAAAUGUCUACCUAAUAUUUACCACUGUGGGGGAUUAAAUUAAUGCAGACUCUAUUUACUUGCCUAGCCUCUCUCAGCAGUACCUUUCAAAUCCAAAGCUUCCACCACAAGAAGGGUUUUGGGCUGUACGAAUAUGGGAACAUCACUGGCUGCAGGUUACUCCACAGUACGAUUUGGAAAUGUAUCACCUGUCCUUCAUUAUCACUGACUCUAGAUCCUGGAACAGCCGUUCCAACAGCAAUGUGCGAGUACCUUCACCAGAGGUCCUGCAGAAAUCCAAGCAGAUGUCUUGCCACUACCAUCUCAAGAUGAUGAUACUCGCUGCCAAAGUCCUGACAAAUAAAUGAAACUGGAUAUUUGACAUUGUUUCCAAAUUCUGUAAAAUGAUCAACAAAAAAAAGUUUUGGUGAAAUUAUAAUUAUUAAUACAAUGUAAUUUCCUUGUUCAACUAAAUUCUACAGGAUCUGAAUCUGGAUGUAAAUCUAACCUUUCCUUUUCAUUUACAUGUGAGAAGACUGUACUUGAGGAUGCAUUUGGACUUGAUCAACUUAUUGAUAAUGAAUUGCCUGAAUAUUUGUACAAUGAUCUGUGUGUUUCAAUAUUUUGGAGAACAUAAAAAUACAAUAUAAAA